UCUCUGUGACUGCUUUCUGUGCUCCGAGCUCUCAUAUUUUUGCAUGAGUAGUUUACAAACUGCUCCAGUUUUGAACUUCUCUCUCGCCCUCCCUCCCUCGCUCUCUCUCUCUCUCUCUCUGAAGGUGGGGGCAGAGAGCUAUUAGCCGAGCGCUGCAGACAUCAUUAGGAGGGGAGACGCUUUCCACCGUCAGCGCCGGAGCAGAGCAGGGGAGCCCUGGCAACAAGGAGAGACACAAACUCAGCAGCCCGCUACACCCCGCAGGAAUUGUGACCACAACUGCCGACAUAGAGACGUGAAUAGACGGCGCACACUUCUUCUCCCUUCCUUUCUGCUGGUGGAGAGAUCAAGGCUUCACAUCAGGAACUACGACUGCAAUCCGUUGUCAGCUCUCAGCUGAGCAGAAGGCUCCACCUACUCGGCCAAAGUAGCUCUGCCUCCUAUUCUCAGGGAGUGCUGUGUCCCUGAGUCAACACACACUGCAUUCUGGGAUAGUCUGGAACCCUCUCCAUGGGCCGUACCACCUGCUGACACACCUGGGGGCUCUGGAGGGGUGGUGUUGAAUGAGGAUUGUGCUGCGUGCGGGCAGACUUUCUUUCACAGGGAGAUGAUUCCUCAUGAAGUGCGACGCACUCGGCCCCCCAUCGUCCUCUGCGACAGCGGCAGGUGUGACGUUGUGACGCUCUCCACUUCCACGCUGAGCUCACCCAUCAGUCGCUAAAGAUCCCCGGACGGAACGGACCGCCCUCCCCCCUUCCCUUUUAACCACCCCUCCAUAUCGUCAUCCCCAUCUUUGAUCCUUCCUCACCUGCUUGUUAGGGCCUGGAUUUUCUUUGUCAAGAAAAGGCCUUGGGUGAAGUGGAUAGAGAGGGAAAAGAGACAAGAUUGGGGAAGUUUCAUUUUGUGGCUAAUUAAUGUGAAAUAAAGGACCGGACAUCAAAAAGUGAGAAAGCGAACAAACGUGACAACGAAAGUGAAAGAGCGAGGAAGCAAAAACAAGGAAAAAAAAGAAAGCUGUAGUCCAAAACUUGAGGAAGGAUAACGCAAGUAUAGUUGAGGGGCGUGAGGUGAAAUCAGCAUGAAGUCCAACCAGGAGCGCAGUAAUGAAUGUCUGCCCCCAAAGAAGAGGGAAAUCCCCUCUUGCACGCUACCAUCUGAAAAUCGCUUACCUAUCAUGCCACCUGCCACUGAGAGCCAGCGCUCAGAAAACAUGACCUGGCUCGCCAGUGUGGCUGGUGGGAACGAGAGCAGUGUGGGUGCGCACCGUAGCUCCAGUCACUCUGACGGAUCGCAGUAUAAAUCUCCCUCCUCCAUAUCAGACUCUUUGACCUCUGCGUCCUCACUGAGGGUGGUCUCAUCUCUUCCUACAGUGUACACAUCCCACCUGCCACAGACCACAGUUGGAGGAGCUGUCCAUUACACCCAUCUGCCUCACAAUAUGCAGUUUAUAGCCUCACCUUACACUGCCCCAUACAGUUACAUCCCCUCUCAAUUGCUUCCUCCUCCUCCACCUCCUCCCCCCCUGUCCUCCUCCUCCUCGGCUGCACAGAGACCCUCACACACAGAGAUGGCCUCUGCUCCUUCACAGGCCUCCAAGCAGGACCAGCAGCGAGCAUCCACAGGACGUACCUCCAUGCCUCCUCCUUCUACAGACCCUGUCCCUCACCAUGUUCAAAUAUCAACAUCCCCACGGACUGUGCCAUCAUCCCAUCACCAAGGAGGCACUCACCUUCCGCCCCACUCAAUGCACCCUCACCAUACUUUGGGACACAGCAUGUCUCAGGUGGUGGUGCAGUAUACAGAUGGACACACCAGAAAAGAGCAAGGUGGCUCUCAGAGACCCAGAGAGCUCCACAAUGGAGAGCUGGAAAGGGGCCGGCGGUAUGCCGCGCCACUCGAGUCUAACGUCUCCAAGUCAGGGAGCAAAUCACGGGAUGCCACAUCCUCUUUGUCUUCCUAUGAGGCUCGACAGAUGGUUCUGCCAACAGACUACUCUCCGCAUGAUCCAUCAGGGCUGAGAACCUCUGUCAUGUUAAUGCCCAACAGCCAUGGGGACCACCAGCUGGUACCACCCAGAGCCAGCCCUGAGAAGGUGACAACUUCUGCCGCUGCACACCUGGAGAAAAGUGGCAACGUCAUGGGCAAGUCUGUCAGUCGUGCUCCAUCCUUAUCCAACACCACCUCCUCUUUCACAUUUCCACCCCCACUAAGUGUAGACAGCCUGAAAGCUGCUGUCAGCACACUGCCACCCCAGACCGUCAUCCAGACCACCCACAACGCCACAGAGCCACUCUCAAUGGGGCUCUCUUCCACCAGUAUCUACCCUCAGCAACCUAUUAUCGGCUAUAUUGCAGGAGGCAGUGGUAGCAGCUACCACACCAGCCUACAGCAACACUUACUCAUUCCAGGCCCCCAACCGGUCAUCAUCCCUGUCAGUGGAGGUGGAGUCACAACAUUGGAGCCUGUAACCUCCCAUGUUACAUCAUCUACCCAAGCUGCACCUUUUCCUACUACACUCCCACAUACGUACAUUGCCGCCACCGCCCCCAAAGGAGAAACUCUGGAGACCCACAGUGGCUCAUUUCACCAGGAUGCCCCAGGUGCAGUGGUCCAAGCCCAGCUUCAUCUCCCCAUUGUUCCUGCUCCGCCAGGGCUGGUUGCGACCUCCGCCGCACAUCCCCCCUCUAGUACGGUGCUGCCUCCCUCGCUCCCCCCAUAUUUCAUCAAAGGUUCCAUCAUCCAGUUGGCUGAUGGCGAGCUGAAACGUGUGGAGGAUCUGAAGACAGAGGACUUCAUCCAGAGUGCUGAGAUCAGCAGCGAGCUGAAGAUAGACUCGUCCACAGUGGAGCGCAUUGAGGGGAGCCACACCUCGCCCAACUUUGCUGUGGUUCAGUUCUCCGUUGGUGAACACCGUACACAGGUGAGCGUGGAGGUCUUGUUGGAAUACCCCUUCUUCGUCUUUGGCCAAGGCUGGUCUUCAUGCUGCCCGGACCGGACCACCCAGCUUCUGGAGCUGCCUUGUACCAAGCUUUCUGUAGGCGAUGUUUGUAUUUCACUCACGCUCAAGAACCUGAGGAACGGAUCUCUGAAGAAGACUCAACCCCUGGAGCCGCCCGCCCACUUCUCUGUCCCCUCCUCCAGCCACGGACACCUCAAACCCCCUAGAGCUGUGUCGGACGCUCCUCAGAGCUGCAGUGGAGGAGGUCCCAGGCACAGAGAGCGGGAGAAUGGCAUCAGCCAGCGAGGGAGUGGGGAGAGUGGGAAUGGAGGUAGAGGAAGCUCCGGUGUGGAAAACGGGGAUCUUGUGUUUGGGGAAAGAGUUUCCAAAGGUCAGGUUGUCGGCAGUACAGAAGCUGGCUCUACUAAGCCAUCGGGAAGCAGGAAGCGGAGAUGGUCUGCGCCCGAGGGUCGAAAAGUAGAAAAAUCAGAGGAAGAACCACCUUUGACCCUUCCCAAACCUUCCUUCAUCCCUCAUGAGGUGAAAAUCAGCAUCGAAGGAAGGUCAAAUAUUGGCAAGUGAAGGCUGGCAGGACUGUUAACAACCCAUGGAAUAAAAACAAACACACCUAAAAAGAUUCUACAAAAACCCCAUAAAUGCCCACGUUAAAGGUUCAUUUGUCGUGGUUUUGUUUUUUGUUUAUUUUUAGUUCACUUCCUGUACUGUAGCGGUAACCUUACCCUACACCUUACAUUAAGUCCAUGUAGUUUAACACCUUUAUUUUUUUUUAAUAGAUUGAUUAAUUAUCACAUGAGCAAUCUGUGCAGUUUUUGGUGAUUUUCAUGAGAAGAUUUCUGGUGAGGGAUUUCUGACCCGUGCGUUGAAUGUUUAUCGGUUGCUCUGUGGCACACGGGCGCGUGGUUCGAUGGCUCUGCUUGGCCGGCGACACAUUACACUGAAAUUUCAACUCUGAUUGGUUCACAGUCACACUCUGUGACAGUGAUGUUACCUGUGUACUCGGGCAGCGAGGCCGUCUGGAUUCGCCUCUGAUAAUAAUGAAGGAUUUGCGUGUAAAUCGUUAAAAAUUUUCACUUGCUAAAUCAGAUCAGAAGUUAGUAUGGUGUGAUCGUCACUGUGUCAUCCAGGCCUGACCGGAACCAGAGGUCAUCGGGUCAAUGCCCGUGUGCCGCACGCAGUCGUGAGGGAACAACACUUACUCUGCUCAGUUUGUAGACAGUGGAGUCUUUGCUUUCAUUUCAUGUUAGUGUUUUUCAUUUGACUUUUUUCUUAUUUAACCCCUCAUCUCCCAUCUCACCACAUAGGUUUUAUAUAUUUUUUUCAAGAUUUUCUAAAACCUUAAUCAGGGGUCCUUUUUAAUAAUCAAUCAAUCCCGCCUAGGUGGGUCAAUGUUAAUGUAUCAAUAUGCGAUGCCCCUAACCUAAAGCAAAUGCAAACACACUGGGUCGGUGAACCCAGUGUGUUUGCACUCGUACGGAGUCUUCGCAUACGAUCCCAGCUGUUUUGUUUGAGUUUAAUUCUUUUAUUUGAUGAAUCACUUUAUUUUUUAUUUACAAAUCCAGAAAGGUCGCGUGAGGAGAAGAGAGAGAAUCUGCACGUUAGCUCUGAGAGGGUCAGGAUGUUUCAAAGCACUUAACACACCUGUCACUCUCAUCGUACAGCCAACAAAAAAGAAACAACAAAAAAUGAUGAUGUUGUGUCUUUAUUUACAAAGUACUGUAUGUUUUUAGAUUUUUUUUCUUUCUUUUUUUAAAGACAAAGGCAGAAAGUAGCAGAAGCACUUUGUGAAAGGUAAAGAGGUUGUUUAGUAACGUGGGAGCAGAUGUGCCAUGAAAUCACAGAGCAAGGGACAAGCGUGAGAGCGAGAGGAGUUUCAGUUAGUAGGUUAGGGUAAGGGAAAUGAGAUGAAGCGGGAGGUAUCGCGGUUUUCGGCAUGUGCGCGGCAGGAAAGUAUCGGAACGUGUCUGGAAAGUUCGAUUAAGACGAGAAAAAACAAACAAGUCUUUGAAAUAUCCUGCUCAUGUUUUAGACUGAGAGCAACAAUCAGAAGCUCACACCCACAGAUUUGUGAAGGUCAUGUGUGUGUAUGAUGCUGGUGUGUUUGUUCACACACACACGCAUGCACGCGCUCGCACAGACACAAAAUAGUCUCUAAAACUCAAUACGUACUGUACUUGGCGAUCCAUAUUUAGACAGCUGCAGAGGCAAGCAUUUAUUUUGGUGCAUAUUGUCCCUACUGCAAAGACACUAGUGGACUGACGUUGGAUUAAUGCACGCGGCACUGCUCCAGUGCAGCCGUGCAGAAAAGAGUGCUCUGUGCUGUGUUUGUGUAUGGGUGGGAGUUUGUAUAAGAGUGUGCGUGCACUGUGUAUAGGAAAAUGAUAUAAAGACAACGCUAAAUGUCCAGUGUUUCUACUUGGAGUCUUUAAUUAAGAGAAUCCUGCAAUUUGCACAUCAGGAGGAGGGAGUUCAGUCGAGACACAAUUUUUAUUUUUUGUUUUAUUUUCUUUUAUUUUUUAAGGCCCUGUCCGAAAACUAGCCCUAGAGCCACAUGACACACUGGAGGAGAUCAGGGUUUUUGUUCCUCAACAGGCACUUACCACACUGUAGAGGAAACGUUUCUGAUCAACAGUUAUGGCAAACACGUGCCUGCCUACUGAACUGAAUUAAAAGCCGACCAUUUCUCGGGUUGCUUAAGGAGAAUAUCUCCCCCUGCUGAUUAAACCGGGGUGCCCAGAGUGUAAAGGGGGGCUAGGGUUCGCUUUUGAACACGGCCUGUGCUCAGCCAGCCAAAACUCAUUUAUCCCUUAGAUAGCAGUUACCUCAACAGAUGUGCUUGCGUGGUCAGUCGGUCGAUCGUCCUCACGGAGCUUGGGGUUUUUCUCUAAUAUGAAAGCACGAGCCUUAGGUGUAAUUGGCCAUCCUCGAUCAUUUGUCUGAUUAUUCUUCUUUUAAAAAAAUAAACUAAAAAUAAAAAAGCAAUUGGCCGGUUAGUUUUUUAAUCUAUCCCAUGUAACAUAAAGGUGCCGUACAACAUGUAAACAUAUGUCAGGUUAUGUGAGAUUAGCAUUGACAUGUUGCUGGCACAAUAAUGUCGUUAGGGAGGCAGCGGCUUCCUGCAGGCAUGUCUGUUGAGCAUAUCUGUUCCUGCUCAGCCUGUAUUUAUGUUUUAUGGCUGUUGCUGCUUGCCUUUAGAAAAGGAAAAAAUAGAGGUGACAAUGUUUCAGGUGGUGGGAGUUUACCAGGGUGAUGGCAGGAUGGAUGUGUACUCACGUGGAUGAGGAACGGGUGGAUAGGUGGUCGAAUGAGCAGACAGACUGAUAGUGAAGGCGAGCGAGUAAGAAGAGCCCCGAAUGAGAUUUGAAAAUGCUUUAUUUUUAUAAUAGAACAGGGUUCUCAGAUCGACACCCACACAGCAGUGCAUUUUCAUUUGGUCCUGUUCCUAUUGAAACAUCUGGUAGAAAUAGCAGUAGGUUAUAUGUGUGUGUGCGCAUGGUUUGGAACCGCUGUGUGUGUGUGUGUGUGUGUGUGUGUGUGUGUGGCAGUGGUUUAUAAAUGUGUCUUUUUUCUACAUGUUUCUCCAACCCCCUUACCAACAAAAGGAAAAAUAGACAUCUGAACAAAACCGUCAGCCACUCAAACCAUUCAGACUCUUACUGUUGAUCAGGUAGAUUAUUAAAAAUAAUAACAAUAAUAAGCCAAAGCCAAGCGACGCUGUGGUUGCUUUGGUUACUUUAGAAAGCAAUAGUUAAAAAGUAUUCAGGCAGUCUCCUUGUAUACGAGUGGAGCGCGCGCUCGGCGAGUCAUUCCACUCAAAAUCUCUGCAAUAAACAUUUUAAUAACAAUCCUCCAGCACGACAACCAAAAACAGUUCUUUUUGCCCAGAGAAGAAGUACAAUUUUUGUCUCAUACUGCAAAAGGUUUGUAGAGGCUAACACACCUGAACCCAGCCCGCUCCAGGUACCGCAGUUCCCCUUCUCAUGAAAUUCAUUUGAAUCCUCAGAAAUUGCAGUUGCAACACCAGUUGCUGAUCUUUCAGGGAAGUUUCUCAUAUAUGCAGUAACCCAACACAACCCCUGAAACCUCCUCUGUCCCUGCUGGUCAGUCACAAACACUGCUGUUACACUGUCAGCGCUGAAGGCGAACCGACUCGGUGUGGCACGAAGCGAGGUAACCAGCAGACUUCUUUUUUUUCUCUUCGUUUUUUUGACUCCGCCAAGCUCUGCCUCUUUGCCACGACUCCCGUAGUGACCUCUUUAACUUUGUUUCAGGUACCCAAUCAUAGCCAGCCAGCCUCACAAGCACCUCUUUCUGAGGCAAAGCAAUCAGUUUAACCCUUAACGACAACCGUUCGCUACCUUUCAGUGUGGCCUGAUGCGGAUAUAAGAGGUCUGCCCUCCUAAUAACAUCAUCUUUUCAUAUUCGGUCUCCUGUUCACAAUCAACUUAAAAAGGCCACUGAGUUUAUAUUUUACUAUAGAUGAUAACAUAAAUCAAUCAGCAAGUUUUUUUUCUUUUUUUUGAGGGUCUAGUGUAGUUAUCAUUUCCCAAGUCUUUCUUAAAUCCCAUUGAAAUGUACCACAAUGUGCAAUACCUUGAUUUUGUUUCCCCCCUCUUUACUGUGCCAAGUGUAUGUAGCAAAAGUUCGACUCCAAUGUCUGAUCCUCGUUAAAGGCUCGUGUAUUUUUUUUAAAUAUCUGUUGACGUGUGUGUCACAUCUAAGUCAGGAUGUUUGUGAGGAGAAACAGCAAAGAGUUUUUCCUGUUUUUCCUCUCUUUCCCUUUCGUCCUCGCGGCCUUCCUCAGUUGUACUGCGUGUGAGUCUGCACCGUGUGUCGUCGUGCGCGUAGGAUGUAUGCUUAUGUACACCUGGUGUUCAAACGUGUGUGCGUGUGUUUGUGUGUGUGUGUGUGUGUGUGUGGGGGGGGCGGAGUGUUUUCUCCUCUAAUAGUCUGUGAGAUCAUAAACCCUGACCCUCGACGGUUCACGGUGAGACCCACAGGAAAAAGAAACCUCAUCGCUAGUGGGGACCACUUUUUUUUUGUAGAAAAAAAAGAGAAAAAAAAAAGAAAAAGAAAAAAAGAAAUAAAGAUUUUAAACCAACCGAAAGAGAUGCACAUGUAUGUAGAUGUAAAAGACUUGAUAAUGUUUCAGCACUUUCUAAUCCUGGGACAGGGCUCGGUCUAACCCCUCUCUUUCAGGCCGACGCCUGUCCUGGGGGGUAACAUUCAUUCAAAACAGACAGAGAGAAUGAAAAAAACAAACAAAAACAAAACGGGGUGACUAUUGAUGAAUAAAAAGAGAGAGAGAGAUGGCUCAAGUUUGCACAUCACCUUGCCGUAACCUUGUGUUUUAUCUGUCUGUGCUCCAUCUCGCUUGGCGCCCGGCGCGUUCUUGGGUCCAACGGGCCGAGGUGUUAGGUGAUUCCUUGGUUCUUUUCUACUAGGAAAACCCCUUUCUCAUGGAAAGCAUCCCUUCUUUCGUUGCGUUCAUCUUUUCCAGCGCACACCGCCAACCGGCCUGAACGAUUAAAUUUGGUUUCUUGAUGUUCACGGCUUGGUUCGGUCGUGCGGUGCGGAAAGAGCGCGUGCAAACCUUCGCUUUGUUUGCAUUAUCUUUGGUGCAGGAGCUUUUUUUGUUGUUGUUUUGUUUUUGGUCUCCUUGUAGCACUCAGUAUAAUGUCAGGGGACUUAAAACUAUGUAGAGAAUGUGUCAUUGUUGAGUUUUUCAAGACAAGCGUCCUCACUGGAGGAACAGUGCUAAUGUCAUUUUUUUUUUUUUUUAAUUGGCUUCUUGCACAACUUGACAAAUAAAAUGAAUGUUGGUGAGUGAGCUUUGACUUUUUUUGAUCAGAAAAAAGGCAUGUGUGCUCUUUGUUUCUUAAUGUUUGUACUUUCAUUUUGCGAAAAAAAAAAAAUGUGUUUUUUGGCACUUUUGUUGUGUUUUAAAAGUGAACAGAAUUCGAUCAGGAUUCCACUUUUUUCAUGAAUUUAUUUUUCUUUUCUUUUUUUUUGUAUGAUGUCUUGUCGAUGUCCAUAGCGCUGGAUAACCAACUCAGGCAGAAAGAAGAAAAAAAAAAAAGUGUAGAGGCCCACUUAACAGUUUAGUUUCACCCCAGUCAAUUUGCAUAGUGGGCUUUUUGAUAUGGGUUAUAAGAUAUGUAAAUUUAUUACCUAUAAUUUGAUAUUUGAAUUGAUUUGAUUAACAAAUGUCCUUAUUGGAAAUUAACUAUAAAUUAUUAUGAUAUUAUGUGUAUUAUGCUGGAGAUGGCUUGGAUUACUCUUUAGUGUACUGAUCAUCUCUGGGCGGCCUCUCUGUGGAAGGCGAUAAAAACACUUCAGCAGGGGACAGGCUGUGUGGUUCUUGACCUCUGACCCUGCCCACUGCCAGGGAGGGGGUGGAGUUGAUCUGUCAGCUGUGUCCUUCCUGUGAUCUGAACACUCAGCCCUGAGGCUAGCAACCUGUCUGUCAAGAUGUUUCUCAGUGAACCUGCGUCACCACGUACUAAAGUGAGACUUACUGGCCUGUGAGAUGGUGGCGGAGAACUGGACAUCAGCGCAGACCUGCAUGGACAGUCUGGCCUACAGGGGGGGCCACAGCAGUUCCCAGCCAACUUGUUUGUACUAUAUUGUACUCACCAAGUCCCUGUGUCUCACCACCCCAUUUCCUCUAUAGCAAUGGAGAAACCCUGUUGGUGUAUGUAUUUGACAUCUGUACAAACGCACCUCUUUGGAAAAACAAAAUGAAACCUUGACAUAUCUGGAA